AAUUAAGAACAUGCUCUAGUGCCCCUUGCUUUGAAUUAAAUCGACCAAAAGAGAGAGAAGCAAAAAAAACUGUCUUCUUAUUAUUUUAGUGAAAGUUACGAAACUGAAGAAAUGUCGUCAAAGGAGACGUUGAGUGUUGGGGGAAGUGAGGAGGUGAGAGCCUUGGAGUAUGGUGACGUGGGUGUGGUGAGUGAGUCAUCUGGGUCAGAAAGGACAGAGGAAGAGGUGGAAAGGAAUGAGGUGGCUGAGGUUGAGGGAGAGGGGGUUCCCGCAAAUAUAUUAGAAGUGGGAGAUAGGAGUGAUAGGUGUUAUGAUAUUGAGGCAGACAUAGUGUCUGAGGUGAGGGGUUAUGAGACUGAAUUCGAGACUAGGGAUAGCUUCAGUUACCUAGUAGAGACUUAUGAGAUUCCUCCCCAAGUUCUAAUUAGGCCUGUUGGAGUGGAAGAGAGGGCAUGCUUUGCACCUUAGGAUCACUGGAUGCCCAUGUAUGCCCAUUAUUUGGCAGCAGGACUUAGGUUUCCCAUUCUAGAAUUGCUUGUUUGGUUAUUGUUAGAUUAUAGUAUAGGUUUAACCCAAUUAGUUCCCAAUGCAGUAAGAGUACUUAUUGGGUUUUGAGUUUAUUGUCGAGCUCGAGGUGUUAGUGCCUCCACUGUAAAUAUGUUUAAGCAUUUUUUCAUACUUAAGGCUGGGAGUAGGAAGGAGAAGGGGUGGUAUUAUUUUACACCUUGGGCGUCCAACAAAGAAAAGAGGAAUUUAUUUAGUGUAGGGCCUUCAUCCAUUAAGGGAUGGAAGGAAAAAUUCUUCUUUGUUGAUGACACCAAUUGGGCAAGGAGGGAAGCCGGAGUGGAGUUUUUGUCUGCCUAGAAGGCUAACAAAGCCAACCAAAAUAUGUAUAGUUUAAAUAGUGAUGAGGAGGAAAAGGUUGGGAAGUUGGUGAAAAAGGGAGGUGACACUUUGAAUAUCAUGUACCUCACCAGCUCAGAUGUCAUAGAGGCUGUUGAGUGAAUGUGUGUCUGUGUUUUGUAUUGUGUUGUUUGGUAUUAAAUUUUGAUUUAUGUU